ACUCAAGUGAGGACAUCACGUGAAGGCGUGGUUUACUUCCUGUUUCUUACUCGUGCAAAGGGGAUUCGUGUAGACUGACCAGUCCGCGGAUUCUCUAUUUUCUUCAUAUAUUGAGAGAUUUCAUAAACCAUUGUUAAGAAAAAGCAACCAUGUCUGAAAAACACAACUUUGGAAUGGAUCCUGUGACAUGCCAUGCCUUCAGCGGCGAUCGCAAAGGCCUGGUCUUGUCACAGAAAAGUCCUGAGGUGAAGAUUUACAAGCAGGCUGGCACCAAGUGGCAGUUGGCCGAUACACUGACCGAACAUGGUCAGCGAGUCACCGGCAUUGACUGGGCUCCCAACAGCAACCGCAUCGUUACAUGUGGAGCAGAUCGUAAUGCUUAUGUGUGGAGCUUGGAGAGUAACGGGAAAUGGAAGCCGAUGCUGGUGAUUCUGAGGAUCAACCGGGCUGCCACUUGUGUCAAGUGGUCACCACAAGAGAACAAGUUUGCCGUGGGUAGCGGUGCUCGUCUCAUCUCUGUGUCGUACUACGAGGAGGACAACAACUGGUGGGUCAGCAAGCACAUCAAGAAGCCAAUCAGGUCCACUGUCACAUGCUUGGACUGGCAUGCCAACAAUGUGCUGAUCGCUGCCGGCUCCUCCGACUUCAAAGCCAGGGUGUUCUCUGGCUACAUCAAGGAGGUGGACAAGAAGCCAGGCCCGUGCUCCUGGGGGACGAAGAUGCCCUGGGGGACCAACUUGGCCGAGUUCUCUAAUGGAGGAGAGACUGGUAGUGGCUGGGUGCACUCUGUCUCCUUCUCCCCAAGUGGUGAUCGCCUCGCUUGGGUCGGACAUGACUCCAGCAUCUCUGUCGUGGAUUCUAACAAAGGAUCGGAACUGGUGUGUAUCAAGGAGAACUUCCUUCCCUUCAUGAGCAUCACCUGGGUGACAGAGAACAGCAUUGUGUGCGCAGAGUACGACUGCAACCCGAUGCUGUUCACCUACACUGACAGCGGCAAACUGAAUGCUGUCAGCAAGUUGGACAUCCCUCAGGAGAAGGAGUCCGGCCAAAUUAGUGUGGAGGUUCCUGAGCCUUGUGAGACGGAGGCAGGAUCUGAUCAGGAGGAGGAAGAUGAGACUCCUGUGUCAAUCAUCAAUGCUAUGAACCGCUUCAAGAAUUUAGAGAAGAAGGCUACAACUGACGACUUCUCUAGCGACUUGAAGACUCAGCACCAGAACACCAUCACCCAAGUGAGCAUCUUUGCUGGGACCAAGUCCGACUGUACCAAGAUCUCCACAUCAGGUGUGGACGGCAACAUCAUCAUCUGGGACUUGAAGUCUCUGGAAGCGUGGGAUUGCGGGACUGAAGAUUGCCUAGGCUGCUGUUGUCCAUCUGUACACUCCAGACAGAAGCACCUCUCUUCAAGACGCUCUCAACUACAUAUUGCUUCACUCACUUUCUCUACUUAUUACUAUAUUAACUAAAGACUCUCUGAAUAACAACAAUACCAUGCACUAUGUAUCAUAUACACACUGGAGAAUACAAUAUGUUCUAAUAUGGAAGGUAUUUCCCCAGAUACACCAUGACCAAAAUUACUGACAGUGUACUUGUGGUCAGCUGAAACACUUUUUGUACGACUUGAUCUCACUCAAGUAAAUAUCAUCAAAGUGUCACCACUGAACAUUGUUUCAAUCAUCAUGCUGGAUACACCAUAUCCCUUGUAUAUCAAAUGUAGUGUGUCGUUAAGUUCAUCUGAACUGCUGCAGCAUCAGUAAACGUACAUUUUAAUACUCGUAAAGGAAGGAAGCUGUACAAUGUUAUGGCCAUGUAUUGUUACUGUCUACAAAAUAAUCUGUUUACCGUCAGGAAUAAAUGUUUCUUUGAUA